AACCAAUGUGGUACAAGAUUAAAUUUUGAUGUAAACAACAUGAUAGUAGAAGUAUAUUAACUGUCAUGCAUGCUCUUAUUUCAAUACCAGUCAAUACCAUACAAUAUAAACUAGUAAAAAAUGGCUCAAUUUUUUUGUUCCAAAAAUAUAUUAAAGUGAAUAUAAUUUUGAAGAGCACAAUUAAUCUGAUCUAACUGUGCAAAAAAAAUCGACUUAAAACAAGUGAGAAAUCGUCUGUUAGUGAUUAAGAGAGAAAAAUUAAAGGUUUUUCGAGAUAGGAAAGAGGCGCUGAUAUGGCAGAUUCUAAUUAAGUUAUGCAUAGUCAUUGGCCACAAGGUUAUUGAGAGGAGCCCCUCCUUUGAUUGCGGGGCUUUUCUUCCAUUCCGUCCCCAGAAUCUCCAAUUGCCUCUUCCCGAUCUUUCACUUCCCAACACUCUCAAGAGUCAACACACUUUGGUUCUCGCCGUUCACCGGGCAAUAAAAUGGAGUCACUGUCGUCGAAUCUCAUCCGGCGGAAGGUUGACCAGCAGCCGCCGCCUUUGCCCAUCCUCCCUCCAGAACUCAUCGACGAAAUCUUCACCUGGUUACCCGUCGAUUCGCUGGUUCGAUUCAGGGUCCUCCUCAAAUCGUUCAAAAUCCUAAUUUCCAGACCCAAUUUCGUCAAAUCACACCUAAGAAGCAUGAAGGCUCUGUCCAACACCAGACCCAACUGCACCGAACGUCUAUUCAGGCGAUCAAUCAAUUUUUUCACGGGAUGGGAUCGCUCUAUCAAUUGGCGUUUUGUUUCAUACUCGCUGUACCCUGUCUCCAACGAUCCUUCAAACGGAGAUGCAAAGUUUGUUGCUGGCAGUCUUUACUAGUUUAGGGUUUCUUGUCUCACUUGACCUAGCAACCGAGACCUAUGACAAGGUGAUGUUGCCUGAUUUUAAGGAGGCUGUUAAGUAUGGGGAACUAGAGACAUUGGUUGAUCGCCUUUGCAUUACUUGUUACAAUGCUGAUGGUCCUUGCGCGGUAUGGGUGAUGGACGAGCAUGGAUGGAAUAAUUGGUUCAAAGUAGACAGAUGGAUCGAUCCAUGGCUGGUUAACCUCUCCACUUUGCACUUCAGAUGAUGGUGAGGUUCUCCGCGAGACGACGUAUGAAAGUUCCCAUCAUUUACAGUUCCAACGAGAAGACCUGCAGGUUGCCUACAACUAAAGUCUCGAAAAAUCAAGACGGUCAUUCGAC